AUGGCCAUCUGGCUCAUUGACAAAGGGGCGGAUGUGACGAGCAGGGCCAAGGACAGUACGUGCUCUACACUGGACAUGGCAGCCAGGAGGUGUUCUGCUGCCGUGGUGCAACGAAUCGUCGAUGCGGCCAAAGACCAGCUCAAGACAGACCAGCCAUUAGCAAACGACAUGUUGCUCUGGACCAAAGAAAAGCAUGUUUUAGACCCAUCCCCGGACUUUGGAUUUGGCAGAACGGCCUUGAUGGAAGCAGCCAUGGAAGGGAAAGAAAACAUUGUGAAUAUACUCCUCGAUCACGGCGCAAAUCCAGUCUCCCUUUGCCUUGGGAUUUCGGCAUUGACAGCUGCCAGGCGGUUACGAUGGAAGACGCUAGAGCGCAUCCUCCAUGCAUACACAGAUACAGGCGGGGAUAUCAAUUCAGACAAGGCAGUAAUUCCUCCUGGAUGUAGACGAAGCUCGCGCUACGACCACCCGGCUCUCCUUCCUCUACAGCACUUUGCGAGGAAGGGCUGUGUGCAAGGUGUCAAAAUGCUCCUUGAGCAUAAUGCAGAUCCAGCUUUGAUCGGUGGAGACCGAGAAAUGAUUCCGCUGCAUCAUGUCCUGCUAUUGAAGCGUUACAAGACUCGACACGACGAACGAAGCCCAUCCGAACAUCGCGUCCCCGCAAAAAGAGGUGCCACUGCGUUGCAUCUGGCUGUAUCCCGUCGACGGGCAAAGGUGGUGGCCAUGCUGCUUGAUAAUGGGGCUGAUGUUUUGGCAACAAACGACGCCGGAAAAAUUCUUUUGGGUGUGGCCAUCACACGACGCCAUCCGGCCAUUCUGGAUAUGAUGAAAAAGGCAACACCUGUUGAGUCAUGA